AAGUUCAAGAGUUAAUAAAUAAUAUUGAAGAAUAUACCCACCUGAUAGAUCAACCAGUUGUAAACAAUGAUGUGUUAACAGAUGAGAGAAUUAUUGAAAUGGCCACAGAAGCAUUGAAAAAAGUUAUAAAAUUUCAGGAAAGUCUCAAAGUCAGAAAAGGGUUUGAUGAAAAAGAAUUAAA